AAACAGACACAAAUUACCCUGCGUCCGUCGGUAGACACAGUGCGGUAGCGUUUGCACAACACAUUGAGUGCUAGCUAGCUAGGUAGAUUGCUAACCUUAGCUGUGAGACCUAGCUAGCGUCCAAUAUCUGGUAGAAAACUAUUUUCUCAUUAUUUGACAUUAUCGUUGACAUGUCGGCCUUUUCAGAGGCAGCUUUGGAAAAGAAACUAUCCGAGCUUAGCAAUUCCCAACAAAGUGUCCAGACUCUGUCACUGUGGCUUAUCCAUCAUAGAAAACACUCGAAGACCAUCGUCAACGUUUGGUUCAACGAAUUGAAAAAAGCCAAGGUAUCCAGGAAGCUCACCUUCCUCUACCUCGCCAACGACGUCAUCCAGAACAGCAAGAAGAAAGGACCUGAGUUCACCCAGGACUUUGCUCCUGUCAUUGUUGAUGCCUUCAAACAUGUGUCCAGGGAAGGAGAGGACCCCUGUAAGAAACAGCUGGGCCGGGUUCUGUCCAUCUGGCAGGAGAGGGCUGUGUAUGAGAACAACCUGCUGGACCAGCUCUCACACGUCCUGCUGGGAGAGAAGAAGGCCAAGAAGAGGCCGUAUGAGGAGAUUCAACUGGACGACCAGGACUUGGCCUCCCAAAGCUCCCCCGCAGAGCCCCCACAGACGGCAGAGUUAAUCCGGGCCCUGCAGGAGCUUGAGAAUGCAGCCUCUGGGGACUCAGCACUGCGCCAGCGAAUCUCCUCCUUGCCUGCUGAGGUGCAGGACACGUCACUGCUGCACAGGAUCACAGAUAAAGAGCAGGGUGAGCGCCUGUCCAGGCUGGUGGAGGAGGCGUGCAUGCUGCUGGCGGACUUCAGCGGACGUUUGGCGGCGGAGAUCGACGACCGGCGGCAGCUUACGCGGACGCUCACCCUGUUUCUACACAGCCAGAGGGACGGCCUGGCCCAGAACGAGCAGAAACUAGAAGAGUACAAGCGCAAGCUGGCGCGGGUGACCCAGGUACGGAAGGAUCUGCGUUCUCAUCUCAGCAACCUACCAGACCUCUCUGUGCUCCCUAGUGUGACCGGUGGACAUUUGCACCUGCCCUCGUCCGGCGUCGAGCUUUAUGACCCCACAGCCUGACAGCUCACCUGUGUUUCCCAUCUCUGUCCGACCAUCCACCCUCUGAUUGACACAUCUCUCGCCCUAUCAUUUAAUAUGUGGACAUCACUUCACUUCGUGGACAUCAGAGUCACUUAGUAACCUUUGACUGACGUAUCUCCCAACCUAUCAUUGGCCAUAUGCAUCUUGCCAUUGCGCUACUGUUUGACUGCUCUCUCAUCCAAUCUUUCCCCAUGUAGUCCUGUUUAUCAAAUUUCUCUCUUACCCAUCAUCAUGUAACCCUCCCUUUGGAACAGUAUAUCUCCCUCCUAUUCACCAAGGAUCCCUCCUAUUCUCUUCACAAUAGAUCACUCCUAUUGGUACAGUAUUCGGAAAGUAUUCAGACCCCUUGACAUUCUAAAAUUGAUUAAAUUGUUUUUUACCCUCAUCAAUCUACACACA